AUGGGUGAGGUGGAUGUCAUAUCGACAAUAAAUUUCAAUGUGAAUAAUGGCUAUCUAGAGGGUCUCAUACGCGGGCUAAAGGGGGGAAUUCUCAAACAAUCUGACUACCUCGUACUAGUUCAAUGCGAAACCUUGGAGGAUCUAAAGCUCCACUUACAAGACACCGAUUAUGGAAACUUUUUGGCUAACGAACCGGGGCCACUGACCGUUGGGAUUAUCGAAGAAAAAAUGCGGGAGAAGCUUGUCAGUGAAUUUAGGUACACUCGGAAUCAGGCCUUCCGCCCUUUGUCGGUGUUUCUUGACUACAUAACGUAUAGCUAUAUGAUUGAUAAUAUUGUCCUCCUCAUCACUGGCACCUUGCAUGAACGACCAAUAUCAGAGCUGAUAACUAAGUGCCAUCCUCUGGGUACGUUCAUGCAGAUGGAGACGCUGCACAUUGCCUCAACCCCGUCGGAGCUGUACAACGCUGUCCUAGUGGAUACGCCAUUGGCACCAUACUUUGUCGACUGCGUAACCAAACAUGACUUGGAUGAACUAAACAUCGAAAUUAUUCGCAACACGCUUUACCGUGCCUACCUCGAAGACUUUUAUAGGUUAUGUGAAUCAAUGGGCGGUGCCACUGCAGAAAUCAUGUGCAACUUACUGGCCUUUGAGGCAGACAGACGAUCAUUUCUGAUCACAAUUAAUUCGUUUGGCACCGAGUUGACUAAGGAGGACCGUGCAAAGCUGUAUCCACGGUGUGGCAAAUUGCAUCCUUACGGAUUAGCUGCGCUUGCAAAGGCCGACGACUUUGACCAAGUUAGGCAUAUUGCUGAUUACUACGCAGAAUAUAAACCACUUUUUGACGACUCGGGAGAUGCUUCUGGUGAAAAGACGUUGGAGGACAAAUUCUUCGAGUACGAGGUUCAACUGAACCUGGAUUCCUUUAUGCAGCAAUUUCAUUUUGGCCUGUUCUACUCAUACAUUAAGCUGAAGGAGCAGGAAAUGAGGAACAUUGCCUGGAUAGCUGAAUGUGUCUCUCAGCGUCACCGAGCCAAAAUUGACUCCUACAUUCCUAUUUUGUAA